AACGAUUUCCUCCAUGAUUGUACCGGAUAAACUAAAUGACUACCUAUGUUUUUGUCAUUAGGCCUACUUGUAAUCAUCAUAUUCAGUUCGCAAAUGUAAAAGUAUGAUCCGAGCAGGCGAUCAGACAUGAUAAACCGUCACGAUUAAAGUGGGUGGAAGUUAAAUGAGCCUUUCAAGCUGUGGACCUGAGAAUUUGUCCCACACGGGGACCGACGCUUAUCUCACACCAUCUGAAUACUUAACAUUUUAUUUCAACUGGUUUGUCUGUGCCAUCGACGUGUAGACCCAAACGCAAAUUUUUAAAUAAGGAUGGUGGAGGGAAAAACGAGUUUCAAAGAGCGCACUUGGGGGUCUUGGGGGGUUGAUUCGAUGCCUUGACGACUGCCUAGAAACCGCUAACGUAAAGAGACCACGGGAGUCGCAAACAAGAGUGUGGCGGCACAGGAGGCUGGCUGGGAGGCUUUGUGUGUGGAGGAGACCUGGAAUCCGGAGAGGGAGGCGUAGGUCCGUUGGAGAAGAGGGAAUACGGAAAUACGCAGACGGAGAGAUACAAACGCGGGGAUUUUUUAAUGAACGCGUUGGAAAGGAGCUACCUGUGAAUAUGACUGUAAGAACCGGGAUCCUGCUCUUCACCUCCGAGGACUGAGCGUCCAUGUGCGUGUUUCACUGCUUCUGCCACAAAGUAAUCAGAUCCAGGGUGUUUGAGAGAAUAUCGGGCAAAGCACAGCGCAAACCACACGCCGCCGGAGAGGAACACACUGCCCGGUGGGUCUCAUACUGCGUCUGAUCACAGCGUCUGCUCACUCUCUGACCAGGCAGGGUGAAGCGAUGGACCCCGAGGUUCCUCAUGGGCAAGGCAUCACCGGGACUUUCGUUUUGUGACCUGGCAACGAGCUGCACAAGUUUUCCGAGCCUGUGACCAUGGUGCCCCUGUGAGGCUCCGCCAGACGUUGUUGUUGCUCCCCUCCCCCCAGUGUUAUGUGAGACCAUGCUUCGCUUCGUGCCCCUGAAGCUGGGCCGUCUCUACCGCUGCCUGAAGCUGUUGCUGCUGCUGGGACUGUCCGUGGUGCUCUUUAUGAACACCCACAGCCUGCUGGCUUCCUUCCAGAAGAAUGAACUGGCCGACCGCCGGUUCCUCGGCCUCAACAAGUGUCCCGGCUGCUUCGGCACCAGCUGGUGUCGCAAGUUUAUGAACGGGCAGCUGUCCUUCGAGACGUGGGGCCGCCUCCGCUUCCUGGAUGUCUUCAACGUCAAGAACGUCUACUUUGCGCAGUAUGGCGAGCCAAGGGAAGGCACCAGGCGCGUGGUCCUCAAACGCCUGGGCUCCAACCAGGAGCUUGCUGACAUUGACCAGAAGAUCUGCAAGCGAGCCACAGGCCGGCCACGCUGUGACCUCGUCCAGGCCAUGUACAAGACGGAGUUUGCACGUCUUAAUGGCGAUGUUCGGCUGCUCACCCCUGAUGUGGUAGAGGGCUGGUCGGAUCUGGUGCACUGUCCCUCCCAGAGGCUGCUGGACCGGCUGGUCAGGAGGUACGCCGAGACCAAAGACUCGGGCAGCUUCCUGCUCAAGAACCUGAAGGACACGGAGAGGAUGCAGCUGCUGAUGACCUUGGCGUUUAAUCCGGAGCCGUUGGUGUUCCAGAGUUUCCCGUCCGACGAGGGCUGGCCUUUCGCAAAGUACCUGGGUGCGUGUGGCCGAAUGGUGGCGGUGAAUUACGUGGGCGAGGAGCUGUGGAGCUUCUACAACGCCCCCUGGAGGAAGCGCGUGGACCUGGCCAAGCAGCUGAUGGACAUUGCCGAGCAGCUCACCAACAAUGACUUCGACUUCGCGCUCUACUUGCUCGACGUCAGCUUCGAUAACUUCGCCGUGGGGCCCCGCGACGGCAAAGUCAUCGUGGUGGAUGCCGAGAACGUGGUGGUGGUUGACAAGCGGCUAAUACGGCAGAACAAGCCAGAGAAUUUCGACGUGUGGUACGAGAGCCGUUUCGAGGAGUGUGAUCGCGAGGCUUGCCUGUCCUUCUCCAAAGACGCCCUCUGCUCGCACGUCACCGUCGACCACAACUACUAUGCCAUCUGCCAGAACCUGCUGUCUCGCUACGCCACGUGGCGCGGCACUCGGGGGGGGCUCCUGCACGACCCCCCUGCCGAAGUGGCCCGGGACGGCCAGCUGGAGACCUUGCUGGACGAGUGCGCCAACCCCAAGAGACGCUACGGCCGCUUCAGGGCUGCCAAGGACCUGCGUUUUUACCUCGAGCAGCUACUCAGCGCUGCUAGGUAAUGAACGUAGUGGCCACGCCCCCACCCCGGUCAGUAUGCCCUCCACCGGACUGAAGGUGGCACUGUUCGCCCUGCCUCACCUCAGACCUCGAGCAGGAUGUCCACUUUCUGGGACACUUCAGUUCCCAGAAUUCCACUGCUGGCACUAACCCUAAGCUGUACUAGCAUAUCCAUGCCUAACAAGCCACUCAUACCCAGUUCACCUGUUUAUACACACCACCCCCAUGUGUCCAAUAGGCAGGACCCUCCUGACUCUAAUCAGAGCAUACAAUGAUACAAUCUGUACCAGAAAUCCAGCUGGAUCUUGAGCUUGUCCUCAGUGGCUGGCUUUAAAUCAACAGACCCCACCCCCCCUCCCCCCCCUACCAAGACCAUUCUAAGACCAGGCAAUCAUUUUAAAGGAAAGCGGUGAGGAUCAAGAAGUGCAUUUAUGGUAACAGAAAGAGCAUUGUGAAGCCCCAUUUAUUUGAGACGUUAGACGCGUACACCAAAGAAUCAGGAAUUAAGGAAGGAGCUGCGUGUUGUAUGAGAACUCCUCCGGGCAUUCACCCAGCCUGUGGAGGAGCUCCGCGCCAGUGCAUCAUGAGGUCUGCGCCCCUUUGGGUGUGUGUGAGGUCCUUCUCUACUCCAGUCUCACCAUGACGGCUUUGGUUGUCUCUCCCCCCCCUCCCCCAGGCAUGUUCAGGCCCCCACACCUUUGAUAAAUCACCUGCAUUACUCUGCUCUCUCGCCAGAACUGUGGGGGGGCUUUGGUCGGAUGCUCCAGGAGCCCCGCGUUCCUGCUCUCGGUUAAGUGGGUCGUCCUGGAUGAUGCCUUACUUACGUGUGACAAGGUUGGGGGCGGAGGGCUGACCAACUUUGCGUAAGGCGCUGCGGUAAAUCGGCCUGUUUGCAGCCCAGUAAGAUCUGCUGCAUCAUCCAAAACCGCAGUGAGCCCCCCCCCACCCCAACACCACUACCACAGACACUCUGAAAAAACGGCGGAAGUAUCGGGUGUCAUGCUCAGCCGUCUGUGAGCUCAGGGGAGACCCGUCCAGCUCACUCUGAAAAAGCAAUAAACUUUAUUUUGGAAACGUGAUGCUAGAAUAGAUUAUAUAUCUCCCCCCCCGGCCCCCCUCCCACCCCUGAUGUGCCUGGUUCGCAUUAAUGACCGUCUGCUUUUGUACUUGUAAUUUCUCGUUCGAUUACAAUCAGCACAGUCUGAUUUUCCUGUGCCUUUCAUUCAAAGUUGUACAAACAACUUUUAGUGGGUUUAAUUAUUAAAAUACAUGAAUAUGCACACUGA